UGCCCCACCCGUCAGAAAGAGCUCACAAGCCGCCUCCUCCUUUCUCUCUAGUACCACGCCCGCCGAUUGACCAGACCAGAGGCAAGAGCAGAGCAGCGCGCUCGGAUCGAAUCGAACCCAAUCGAAUCUGUUCGCAGGGCGCGGCGGAGAAACCUCGCCGGCCAUGGCCUGGCCGCGUCGGCACGGCUGGCAGCUCCCCCUCCACCCGCUCCAGCUCGUGGGCGCGGGGGUGUUCGCCGUCCUCGUCACGGCGUUCUACGUCGUCCUCGGGCCCUACCUCGGCAGCACCGUCGCCGGCAACACCCUCCUCGCGCUCUUCUCCCUCUCGACCGCCGCCACCGCGGCUCUCUACGUGCGCUGCACCGCCGUCGACCCCUCCGACCGGACCCACGCCAAGAAGGUGAAGAGGCAGCGCAAUCUCGCCAGGGGCGGCGGGCGGAGGCUGCCGAGGCUGCGCUACGGGUACAUCCUGUGGCGGUACGCGGCGCGGCUGCUCAAGAGGGUCGAGGUCCGCGUCAUGAACCGCUGGGUGCGGAGGAGCUACCUCGAGCAGUGGAACUCCAGCGUCCAGCUCGACCCCAUGCUCCCCUUUGCCUUCACCAGCCUCGAGGACAUCAUCUCGCCGCACGCCACCGACGACCAGGACAUCUCAUACUGCCCAAUCUGCGACUGCGAGGUGAAAUUGCGCAGCAAGCACUGCAAAACUUGUGACCGGUGUGUUGAUGGAUUUGAUCACCACUGCAGGUGGCUCAACAAUUGCAUAGGGAGAAGGAACUAUGCUGCAUUUAUCCUGCUAAUGCUCUUUGUUUUGCUGAUGCUUGUUAUUGAGGGGGGAACAGCGGCUGCGGUUUUUAUUCGCUGCUUCAUCGAUAGCAAAGGGUUGAAAACAGAAAUGGAGCACAGGCUUCACGUAAGGCUACCUAAAGGAGCUCAUGCAGCAUUAUCUAUGGUAUUUGUCAUCUUCACUUUGUACAGUACUGCAGCAUUGGGUCAGCUCUUCUUUUUCCAUGUUCUGCUCAUUAGAAAGGGAAUGAGGACAUACGAUUACAUCCUUGCUAUGCGAGAAGCUGCACAAGCAUAUGAUCCUUUUGAUGACUCUGAUUUUUCCUCGGACGAGAGCAUUGACUUCGACUCUCCAGAAAGGCCAUCGUUCUUGUCAAGGAUCUUAUGCAGAAAAGAUGAAGUGAAUGAGAGUGCCCGAAAGCUGUCGAUUAGGAUUGACGAGAAGGAGGCCAAUGAUGCAACAAGAAGGAAGGAUGACGUCCCGAUCAACCCAUGGACGUUGAUCACUAUGAACAAGGACAAAGCAAUGGCAGCCGCUGAGCGUGCUCGUGAGCGAAUCAGGCAGAAGUUGCCAUCCACGGCCAUCUCCCCGAUGCAACCAUUGCCAUUGGAGACAAAGAGAGGUCCUUUGAACCAGGAGAGAAGAUCCAUCAUGACAGGGAAGGAGAACCAGGAGAGAAGAACCAGCAUGACAGGGAAGGAGAUCGUGCCUGUCCUCACAAAGAGCUGGCUGUCAGGAUCACCAACUGCAAGGUUGUCGAGCCCAAGAAGACGGUUCUCAGGGUCAUCGUCACCCAAACCUCAGAGGUGCAGGGCCAACUUCGACUUGAGAUUAACAGAGGUGUCAAGAGAGCUUGAUGCCCACGUCUCGAAGCAGGUCAUGUGCCCUGUUGUCAUGACGGGCGCCGAAGAUGAAGGUUCUUCAUCAUAACUUAUGAUGUUGUUCAGCCCACAAAAUUCAUUCAAUUUUUUGUUACUUGAAUCUAUGUGUUAUUGUGUGCUGUGCUUUCUUAGCCCAUGCACUCCUUCACUGCUGUAUACAUAGUUGUAUGUUGCUCUCUUGUACUUCAUCCCCCUGAACAUAUUUAGUACAGCAAUGCCAUGGUUAUUCAUCUCAGGGCCAUCAAAUUUCCCAACCAUGGUCAAUUUGUCAUCUCCA